AUGUCUAGAACCAUCCUUAGACCGCUUCAGAGGCUGACUUUGUCCGUGCUCAGGCGAGAUCAGUCAUCAAAUGGCUUCACAAAAGACAAAGCGAAGCUGCAGGACCCGUACUUUAUUGAUGAAUAUGAUCUGACCAGCCCUGGUGAAAACAGUGUCGCUGAAGAUGGGGAUGACGAUGGCAUGGCAUUCCUGGAGAGCCUCCUCGUUCUUGGCGAAGACGAUAAGAGGACUUCCAGUCAGGGCCUGACUGCGGCCGGGCUGGCCAAUAUCCUUACUUUAUUCCCAGAUAUAUGCCCUCGAUACGUCACUACCCUCUACCAACCGAUGUUGGCUAGGAAACCAGAAAAUUUUGAAGGAGCGUUGAUCGAUGCAAUCCUCAAGGAAGCUACUUACACAACUGUAAGUGGUUCAAGGCAAAAGCGGGAGGAUAUGGCUAAGGAUGUCCAUUGGGGUAAAGAAGACAACCUCACGAGAAACAGUCGGUAUUGGAAAUGCUGCAAAGCUCUUUUGAAACUCGACUUUCCUCUGGUUCCCACGGACUACAUAAAAGAAUAUUUGGAGGUAACGAAUGAUUGCUUGUACAAUGCGUACCUGCGAUUGUACGAGGUUGAAUCAACUUAUGAGACAUCGGAUCCCAAACCGUAUAGCAGAAAUACCGAUGUCAAAAGGGAAAAAUUGAUGGCUUCUUUUAGGAAAGUAGUAGCCAAGUACCCGAAUAGGGACAUAGACCUGGAGAUCAAAGAUGCUAGAGCUGAACGGAAACGUCGUAUUGUAUAUUGUGCUGCCGCAGCAGCCCAUCCAUUUUGCUGGGAAUGCAUAAAAUCCAAUGCCAAAGCCCAAGUUGGUAUGAUGAGACACAGUAUCAAAUGCAUGGACAUUAAUGGUUGUGAUGCGGGUUUCUCCCGUGAGGAUUUGAUCAACUCAGCGGGGGAUUCUCUUAUGAACAAACUCUUUGACUUGCAGCAAUUGGAAGAGAUUCAACAAGCGGACCUCACAGACCUUGAAGAAUGUCCGUUCUGUGAGUACAAGGCGAUAUAUCCCCCAGUUGAAGAAAACUGCGAAUUCCGUUGUUUGAAACCGGGAUGUAUGAGGAUGAGCUGCCGGAGGUGCCAAAGACCUUCACACAUUCCCAUAACCUGCGCAGAGAGCCGAAGGGAAGACUCCAAAAAUUUACGGAAGCACGUUGAAGAGGCAAUGAGUAAAGCCGUUAUUCGCAUUUGUCCUAACAAGAAGUGCAAAGCCCCGAUUAUCAAAGAGGAUGGAUGCAAUACCUUGAAAUGUCGCAAAUGUUCCACAGUCAUGUGUUAUGUUUGCAAGAAAAAUAUCUCGCGGGCGAAGGACAGCCACUUUGAUAUGGUGGGAAGUUGUCCCGUAGAGGAUGACCGCUACUUGCUAGAGAGACAUGAGCGGGAGCGGAUGACGGCACGAAAUGAGGCAGUUGAGAGCCUUCUAAAGGACAAACCCGAGCUGAACGAAGAAGACCUUGGUGUCGAGCUCAUCAAACGUCGAACAGUGCGUGACGGAUUGCCGAUUGUAUACCCUGAAGGCACGCCUGACACUAGCGAAAUGCCGCUAUGGGUGUUUGGAGAGCGUGUAUCAGGUCGGCCUGACCGUCAGUUGCAACGUUGGCCACAGCUACGCGUACGAUUCCCACCAGCAAAUCAAGACACCCAACUGCCCAUCAAUUAUGAGUACCAAGCUAUAGAAACAAUUGGCGUAUUGCCAGCACCAUCUCAGAAUCCUCAGGACAGUCAUUACCAGCAGACGCAGUGGUUUUCAUUUAACGCAUAUGCACCGUAUCCGCUACCACCGGAUCUCCCAGUUGUUCGAUAUGAGAGGGAACAAAAUCCUCAUUGGUUCAAGGGUCUGCGCAGAGCACAACCAUCUCGUACAAAGUAG